AUGGAUCCCUUUGCAGAAUUCCCAACCGAGAUUCUCUGUCAAAUUCUCGAAUCUUGCUGCGACUUUACCAGCUUGAACGGUCUUCAACAAAUCUCUCCUCGAAUGAAGGAAGCUUUCGGCGGCUCGUUCAAGAACAUCACCGAACAGGUCCUGAGGAACUGCUCUCUCACUUCACACGGGCUUCAUCACUAUUUCGCGCUCGUAACCUCCGUCCGAUCCACAUCAUUCACCCCACAGGCGCUGCUAGAAGAGCUCGUCAACUCACGAGGGGAUGUUGUGCGACCCAUCUCCCUUUCCACCACCCAUUCACUAGCUGCCGUGCAGCAGACUGUAACUUCAGCAGCGAACAUACACCUCACUGCCUGUGCUGGUCUUCAGCAUUUCAUCAAUCGCCUCGAGUCCGCAGAGCCCCGCCGUCCCAUACCCUCCGACGCCAAUGUUGGGGAAUGGGUGAUGAAUAGAAGUCUUCGACCACCUAAAGGUGGCGAGGUCAUCCAUUUCGAUGUUGAUCUACCAUCUUGGAUCGAGACCUACCGAACGCAUCGGGGCCUCUGGAAACUUGAGCUCUUCCACCAGAUCCAUCAUACUGCAAAAAACCACUGGUUAUGGUCCACCCAUGAUCUGAGCUGCUUCAUCGAAGAAUAUCUGGAAUGGUGUCCGUAUCCGGGGGGAAUAGAGGAGCUUCAGACGAUUUCGGAAUGCGUGAUCGAUCUAUGGUCCUCCAAACCAGAAAUUCUCAGCCAUCGGGCUCCAUAUCUAGUUGCAAUUCCGUCACUAAUUGACCUGACGGUACAGACAUGUUGGCCUCUUCCAGAUGUCCAAGAUACACAAGUUGAUUCGAAAUGGGGUCGGACUCCAAGUUCUGUACAGUCUAAAAGCUCUGUGCUUGGCUCAUUCAAUGCCCUUCGGGGGGGUGAAAAAGGCCGUGGUUAUCACGCUCUCUGGAAAGUCGAUUUUAAAGCAUUUCGACGACUUGGUAUUCCUCUUUGGGACAUGUGGCGAUGUUAUCAAAUGAGACUGAUGCCCCAGUCCCGUAGCGUGCUUUCGCCACGGGGUAAUAUGGUUGGCGGAGAGUCAGAACGAACAGACUGGCCUCCUUGGAUCGAGGCCUACGUGUGGUUUAGUCUAGCAGAAGAGGGUGAUCUGAUUGUAUAG